GUUGGAAAUGACAGUCUGUGAGAAGGAGGAGGAGAGAGGCUAGCGCUGCACUGUGCGACAAACAAGCUACCAGUCUGUUUGGGGGAAACUGGUGCAGAAAAGUAUAACCCGAACUAACGCAGGUUGGAAUAAAACUAAGUCUUUUUAACGACUUGGAUCUAGCAGCUAAAAAAGAACGUGGACGGCUCAGAAACACACUGAAGGUAUGAUGGCCGCCCUGUUUGCUGAGCUGCCCUCCUAGAUUUCAUUGAUAUUUAGAUAACCUUACCCAAACAACCCUGUAAUCCACUCACCAACAAUGACAACCUCCCAUCUGAACGGCCAUGUUGCUGGAGAGGGAGGAGGAGGGGGGGGAGGAGAUGAAGAGCUGAGGGGGGGACAGCAUAGGGAGAUGGCUGUGGACUGUCCAGGAGAGCUGGGGAGUCGAACGCUACCGCUCAGAAGAUCUGCACAGCUGGAGAGGAUACGACAGCACCAGGAGGAUCUCCGUCGCCGCAGAGAGGAGGAGGGUCGGCAGCUGGACCUGAACACCUCGCUCAGACUCAGGAAACUCUCCCAGCAUCCGCACAUCGGCAUCGACAACCCCACAUUCCUGCAGGACUCGAACACAUCGCAGCAGCCAGCUCUCAACAUCCAGCACACACACGCACUGCUCGAGUUGGAGGAGCUGCUGCUGUCCCUGAAGCAGAUCCGGGGAUGCUUGUCCGACCAGCAGAGUCAGACUGACAUCGAGCAUGUUCUUGCACUACUAAACAAGUCUGACUUCCAGUCAGCACUGAAGAUCCAUAAUGCCGUGGCAACCAGCAUGCACCGACCCUCUCCUCCGUACCCCCACACAAACCAGGCUCUGCAGCUGGCCAUGGAGACCAGGAGUCUCAUCCAGACGAGUCAGAACAAGGAGGGACUGGAACUACACAGCCUGCUGUCAGACACACACAUCCAGUCCUUGCUCCUGGCCCAUGACAGGAUAGCAGAGCAGGAGAUGCAACCGGAGCCGGCGCCCACCCAGGGAGAGACCCUGACCCAGUGGGGGGGAGAAACUGUGAAGAUUGUGCGCAUAGAGAAAGCCCAGGACAUCCCACUGGGUGCGACUGUGCGUAAUGAGAUGGAGAGUGUGGUGAUCAGCCGGAUUGUUCGAGGUGGAGCCGCUGAACGGAGCGGACUUCUGUCAGAGGGAGAUGAAAUCCUGGAGAUAAACGGCAUCGAGAUCAGAGGGAAGGAUGUCAACCAGGUCUUUGAUAUUCUUGCGGACAUGCACGGUCUCCUGACCUUUGUGCUCAUUCCCAGCACUCAGGGCAAACCCCCCCCUGUCAAAGAGUCCGUGGUCCACGUGAAGGCCCAUUUCGACUACGACCCCUCAGAUGACCCUUAUGUGCCCUGCAGAGAGCUGGGCCUGUCCUUCCAGAAGGGAGAUAUCCUCCACAUUAUCAGCCAGUCCGACCCCAACUGGUGGCAGGCCUACAGGGACGGAGACGAGGACAACCAGCCGCUCGCCGGACUCGUACCAGGGAAGAGUUUCCAGCAGCAAAGAGAAGCCAUGAAACAGACCAUAGAAGAAGACAAGGAGCCGGAGAAGUCUGGGAAGCUGUGGUGUGCGAAGAAGAACAAGAGGAAGAGAAAGAAGCUGCUGUACAACACUCAAAAGAAUGAUGAUGUCGAUAACGAGGAGAUCCUGACCUAUGAGGAGAUGGCUUUGUACCACCAGCCGGCCAAUCGGAAGCGGCCAAUCGCCCUGAUUGGUCCAGGCAGUUGUGGGCAGGCAGAGCUCCGACAAAAACUGCUCAACAGCCAACCAGAGCGCUUUGCUGGAGCCGUGCCCCACACCACUCGGAGCCGGCGGGAUGGCGAGCUGGGCGGUCGAGAUUAUCAUUUUGUGUCUCGCCAGACGUUUGAGGCAGAACUGUCAGCAGGAAAGCUGAUCGAGUCUGGAGACUUUGAGAAGAACAUGUACGGGACAAGUUCUGACUCAGUGAGGCAGGUCAUCAACACUGGGAAGAUCUGUGUGCUGUGUCUGCACACACAGGCUCUAAAGGUGUUGAGGAGCUCAGACUUAAAGCCUUACAUCAUCUUCAUAGCCCCGCCCUCCCAGGAAAGACUCCGUGCCUUAUUGGCUAAAGACAACAAAAACCCCAAGCCAGAGGAGCUGCGGGACAUCAUCGAGAAGGCGCGCGAGAUGGAGCAGAGCUGCGGACAUCUGUUUGACGCCGUCAUCGUCAACACGGACCAGGACAAAGCCUUCAAUGAGCUGCUGAGACUCAUCAACAAACUGGACACUGAGCCACAGUGGGUGCCCUGCUCCUGGCUGCGCUGAGAACAGACACACACACACACACACACACACACACACACACACACACACACACACACACACACACACAGGUCAUAAAGUGACAAUGGAGUACACUUUUGUACAUUCAACAAACUGGAACCUUAAGCGCUGUGUGGGAGUAACACAGAGCAUCAUGGCCGCUGUUAGGGGAAAGCUAAUCUGAGAUUUUGAGAGUUGUAAUGUUAUGAGAAAACGUUUUAGUGAAGUGUGUCGAGUGGGUGAAAAAUGAGUCCUUAAACCUGGAAAUUAGUUAGCAUUUUAGCACUUCCGCUUCCCUCGCCUCAAAGCUUUUUGAACAUUUGUUGUGUUAGCUGUCUGAAAUAAGGUCUGUGGCUGAAGAGAAUUUCACGUUUCAUCCUAAGAAUACUUCAGUUAAUACCUCACUGAUGAAUUUAAAAACAGCGUUUGCUAACAAGUGACUAAAUAAGAAGACUAAACGUCAUCACACACAACAUUAGCCGCCUAUAGCUUAGCGGUGGUGGUGUGAAUCAUGUGACCGCGAUGUAGUUUUAUAGCGUAGCGUUAGCUUGUGGAGAUUGCAUUUACGAGUAAAAAAUAUAAAAGUGGUGUUAAAAUGUGGAGAUUAUCCGGCUGAACUGAAAGUGUAAGAAUCACAAACGUGACUGCCACAGAUCUUAUUUACUGCAAAAUUCUCAAAUCCAAUGCAAAACUCCCAUUGCUUUUAGUCAUGGGAACCAAUGCGCUUCCUACAAAAAAAAAAAACUUUAUGGCCUUUGUUCAUCUUAAUCUCCUCAUUAGACACAUCAAAGUUAAUAUCUGGAAUAUUUUUUGUAAAUCUACGACUUCAUAUAUUGCCUUAUUUUAAUGAUUUUGUUCUCUAGAGAACCUUUUAUAUCACAGUUCUCAAAAUGUUCUGUUCAAAUGUAAUUUAUAUCUAAAGAAAUACUACUACUAUAAGCUUUCUUUCAAUACAUAUAAGGAGUUUGACAUUUAAGGAAUUAACAGUUUAAAUGUUAUGACUACAUAUUAUUCUGAAAUUCAACUUUAUUCUCAUAACCUUAUGACUUUAAAUCAAACUCUCAGAUUAGAGGUUUUCUUCGCAUUGAUGCUACUGAUGCUAAAUAGCAGUCAGAAUCCUAUAGAAUGUAUUAACCAGGCACUGAUGAUAAUAAUUCCUGCAAUAUAAACCUUAUGUGUAUUCACUGUCCUUAAAGUGAGAGACCCUCCCAGAGGGGUCUCUGUUGGUGCCUGACUGCUCCCUCAUGUUUAUAUUCAGCAGCGACAUACACACACUCUAAUCAUCACACUAUAGUGAGACCAAAACAUGGACCUGGAAAAGCCUUUCUUUCUGUUUUAUUUUAAGAGAGGAACGUGGGGCCUCAUCUAAGUUGCGUUCUUUUAUCUUGUGAUCAUUUCAACCAAUAAUAAUUCAACAUAUUUAAACUAUAACAGUCCAGUUAUUUAAACUUGUUGCAGUGCUUAGAAUAUAUGACAUCAAAAUAAAAUCAAUCUUCUUAGCGUCGUAGUAAAGAAAAAUAAAUGAGGCCCCCGGUGCGGAAUAAAUGUGACAUUAAUUUAAACCACUGAGCCACGGCAUUCACUGCUAUGAAGAACACACACUCACACACACUCUGUAUGAAGCAGUGUCUUGACUUCCUCUGACUGACUGACUGUUGAACAGCUGGCUCUUCACACUUUUUAAUGAACACUGAAAUAAAGGACACAGCACUUGAUAUUUUUUGACUGUUUGAUUUUUUUUCUUACUGACUGUCCCGUCUGAUUACACUAAAUAGAGAUGACCUCUGACCCUGAGCCCUGAGGGGCUGCUGGGUAAAGAAAACGUGAACGUUUUAGUCUUUAGUUGGCACAUGAUGCUGAAUUUAUUAUAUAUUUUGUGUGCGCGUGAACGAAUGUGUGUCUCAAAUAUUUUUGCCUGACAAAGUAUCACUGUUAUCACUGGGUAGAGCAUUUAUAUAUUUGUAAUAUUGAAGAUAGAUUUAUGAAGUCCAGAAUGCACCAACAGGAUUGCAGGUUCCACCUUUCGCCUCAAGCCAUUUGUUAAGGAGGAAGAGGGUGCGAGGCUUCACUGUAUUGAAAGUAAAGUUCAUGGAUACCACUUCUUGUUAUCAGAAAUCAUUUCUCCUGAGUAAAUCUGCUUCUUUUUGUAUGAAUAUUCACAAUGAAUGAAUAAAUAGACGAUUGAUGAAAAACUA